CUUAUGUUUGUUCAUAAUAUGUUUCCGGAAACAACUCAAGAAAAUGUUUCCAAUUUCCCUGAAAUAUGUAGACAACAAGGAAAGAACAAAGUUUGUGCACAGGUGGUAUGCCCAAGACCCCAAAGAGUAUCGAAAGCUUUGAGUGCGUUGGAGCUUCAAAGUUUAAAGGCGGGAGAGUCUUGUUUUCGGAUAGAAGAGGUGGAGAAAUACAAAAGGGAAUCCACAAGACCUUUUAGCUGUCCAUGGUCCAACAGAGAGGAUACUUUAACUACCACAGAACCUUGCGAAGACGAGGCCUUUCAAGACGUGACCCCACCGGAAAGGACGGAAAAUCCUAUGGUGAGAGACCAUUGGUUUUUAUUCUCCAACCGAACAAGGUGUGGUUGUGCAAAACUUUCAGAAUGUCCAGCAGGCGAGGUAUUCAAGCACAAUGCAAACCUAAGAAGAACUGGCAAUAAGAGCCCAGCGCUAUCUGUGUAGUAUCUGUAAGUUAUUCAACACAACAAAGUUGUGGCUGUUGGAAGUUUUGAAUGUACAUAUAUAUAGUAUAAAUAGAGCAGUAGGAUAGUACGUUAUGUGGGAAAAGCCACAAGAAAAUGUAAAUAUAAUAGUAAAUAUUUAGAGCGCAUGUAAAGUGUUGGAAAA